AUGAAAAAAACGCGUGUUCCGCACAGAAAUGGAAAACAAAUAGAUAUCCGAUGUACUGGUUAUGGUAAAGAUUAUGGUAGUUAUGAUACAUAUAUUAUAAAGCCACCUAUCGAUCAAGACAAAUAUGAACUAUUAUUACAGUCAACUGAUGUCGUUGUAGGUGGAGUCACUGGUGGUGAAGAACGUAUUAUAUUUGAAAUGAAAACAGUAUCAAAUAUUCAGUCCUAUAAUCCUUGUCCAAUAAUUAAAGCCUAUCACUUACAUCCAAGUGGUAUAAGAAAUUAUGACCCAUAUUUAGUUGUUGAUAAUUAUGGACGAUCAUUGUCGGUACCAGUCAUCGAUUAUCUACCGUAG